AUGGCACCCUACAUUGCUAAAUGGGGAAUUCUGGCUACUGGUGGCAUCGCAGAAUGCUUCACCAAGGAUCUUCUCACAGACCCCGCUACACGCGAAGUCGACGACGUACAACAUGAGAUUGUUGCAGUUGCCUCUUCCAGCUCUGUCGACCGAGCACGCGACUUCAUCAAAAAGAUUGAUGGCCCCUCUUCAGCUGCCGUUUACGGUUCAUACGCUGAGCUUGUGGCUGACCCCAACGUCAACAUCAUCUAUGUUGCUACCCCUCAUAGCCACCAUUUCCAGAACGCCAUGCUGGCACUUGAGGCUGGAAAGAAUGUCCUCUGUGAAAAGGCCCUUACCGUAACUGUCGCGCAGACUAAGAAGCUGUAUGAGGUUGCCAAGUCUAAGAACCUCUUCUUCAUGGAGGCUGUCUGGACACGGUAUUUCCCGCUUAGCAUCAAGGUGCGGGAGUUGAUCCAGUCCGGAGUCAUCGGCAAUGUUUACAGAACUUUCGCCGACCUCUCAUUCAACAAGAACACAGAGAGUGAUGACCUCCAGUUCCCUGAUUCGAACCGCAUGGUCAACCCUGAUCUUGCAGGUGGUGCCCUGCUUGAUCUCGGCAUCUACUCCCUGACCUGGGUUUUCCAGUCUCUGUACCACGUCCAGCCUGAAGCUGAUAAGGAAGCGCCCAAUGUUGUGGCUGCCAUAAACAAGUACCGAACCGGCGCAGACGAGUCGACAAGUAUCAUCUGCCAAUUUCCCAAGCACAGGAGCGUCGGCAUUGCAACCACCUCGCUGCGCAUCGCAACCGACGUCGACGGUCACUACACCGGUGGCCCGGCGAUCCGAAUUCAAGGUUCCAAGGGUGAAAUUCAAGUUACAGGUCCUGCAUACCGUCCUACCGAAUACAAGGUCAUCAAGUCAGACGCCAACGGCAAAGUCGAGGUGGUGACCUGCCCGAUCCCUACGGACCCCAAGCGUAACAACUGGGGCCACGGUAUGUUCUGGGAGGCUGACGAGUGUGCGCGAUGUUUGCGCGACGGAAAGAAGGAGAGCGCAUCGAUGCCUUGGUCUGAGAGUAUUGCCAUCAUGGAAGUCAUGGAUAGUGCGCUGAAGCAGGGCGAGGUGACAUACCCUGAGCUCAUCACCACCGAUGUAUUUGACGCCAACAGCCCUCUCAACACUGGCAGGAAAUGA